UUUUUUCUAUAUAUAUAAAGAUAAAGAAAGAUAUCACCAUGGCGAGCACCGAGGAUAAAGCGGCCAGCAAGGAGAACACGUCCAGCUGGAAGGACUCCUUCUACAACCCGCGGACCGGGGAGGUGCUGGGGCGCACGGCCAGCAGCUGGGCCCUCAUCCUCCUGUUCUACCUGGUUUUCUACUGUUUCCUGGCUGGCAUGUUCGCCCUGACCAUGUGGGUGUUGCUGCUCACGCUGGAUGACUAUGUGCCGAGGUACAGAGACCGCGUCCCCAAUCCAGGGCUGGUGAUUCGUCCCAAUUCGCUGGAUAUCACUUUCAACAAAUCCGACGCGUUGAAGUAUUCACAGUACGUGCAGCACCUGGAGUCCUUCCUGCAAAAGUAUAAUGACUCGCAGCAGGAGAGGAACGAGGAGUGCACGGAGGGAGAGUAUUUCCUGCAGGACGACAGCGGCGACAUGAGGAAGAAAGCCUGCCGCUUCAAGAGGGCCAGCCUGAGCGUGUGCUCCGGCCUCUCCGACACCAACUUCGGGUACCAUGAAGGAAAACCCUGCGUGCUCCUGAAAAUGAACCGGAUCAUCGGUCUGAAGCCAAUCGGGAAUCCUUAUAUCAACUGCACAGUAAAAAAAGAAAACCCAAUUCCGAUGCAGUAUUUCCCCAGCGAGGGGAAGAUUGAUAAGAUGUAUUUCCCUUACUACGGCAAGAAAGCCCACGAGAACUACAUGCAGCCCCUGGUGGCCGUCAAGCUGCUGCUCAGCAAGGAGGACUACAACAAGGAGCUGCCGGUGGAGUGCAGGGUAGAGGGCUCCGACCUGCGCAACAACGACGAGCGGGACAAGUUCCUGGGCCGCGUCACCUUCAGGGUCAAGGUUGUGGAGUAACGGCCGGCGCGGCCCGAUUUCAAAGUGAAACCAGUUGAGGCUGCCCACGUCUGCUAAGGAUUCAUGUUUAAAAAGUUAUUUGAAAAAAAAAAA